CUUUUUCCCUUUAAUUUCCUCCUUUGGUGUGUUUAUAUAACAUCCACAAACAGCUGAUCGUGUGGCUCGAUCAACUUCGCUCGAAAGAUGUUGAUGUCGGAUCGUAUGCUGCUCAAGGUCAUUGUUCUUGGAGAUAGCGGGGUUGGGAAGACAUCUUUGAUGAAUCAAUAUGUUUAUAAAAGAUUCAACAAACAAUACAAGGCCACAAUUGGUGCUGAUUUUGUGACAAAAGAGUUGCAUAUAGAUGACAAGCUUGUCACCUUGCAAAUUUGGGACACAGCUGGGCAAGAGAGGUUUCAUAGUCUUGGGGUUGCUUUUUACAGAGGGGCUGAUUGCUGUGUUCUUGUAUAUGAUGUCAACAUUCAGAAAACCUUUGAAACCCUUCAAACUUGGCAUGAAGAGUUUUUAAAUCAGGCUGAUCCAAGUGAACCUGAGAGAUUUCCUUUUGUGUUGUUAGGGAACAAGGUCGACACAAACGGUGGGGCAAGUCGAGCGGUCUCCGAGAAGACCGCACGAGAGUGGUGUGCUUUAAAGGGAAACAUACCUUACUUUGAGACGUCUGCAAAAGAAAAUUACAACGUCGAUGAAGCAUUCCUUUGUGUUGCAAAAACCGCACUUGCAAGUGAACCGCACCCUCAAGAUGUAAAUGAAAUGUAUUUUGAAAGAAUUCCAACAACAAUUUCAGAAACUGAUCAACAAGAAAGAAGUUGUGCCUGCUAAUGUCUCUUAUGCAUCUGUGUAGGUAGUUUACAAAUUUGUGUGAAAUGAUUUUUUUUAAUCUGUCUAAAACAUAGUUCGAUGUUUGUUUGAUAACAAGUGCAUAUAUUGAUUAACGGUUGUUCUAGUCCUUUUUAUCA